UUAAGAUCCAUAUGCAAGGUACCCUGAUUUGCAUCAGGGCUAAUUAUUUAUUUAAGAAUUCUUAUCCUUUAAAAAAGAAAAGAAAAACAAAAUAUCUUAGGAAUGCAUUUCCCAGUUCAUGUUUGUUUACAGUUUCUUUAUUCUUCAGCUUGCUGCUCCAGUGCUCUGUAAGGAGCAGUAAGCAGCCAUUGGAUUUUGGAAAGCAGUCAGUAUGUGGAACAAACAUUCUGUCUUUUGCCUUUUGGCUUUGGCUGUUGCUACCAUCUGUGUAGUGUAUGGACAAAACAGAAGAAAAGGACAAAGGCCAAGUCCUCUAGCAAGAAAAGACAAUUUGCAGGGUUCAGUCUGCUUCAUCGACAUCAUCUUCAUCCUGGACAGUUCAGAAAGUGCCAAAGAUGUACUGUUUGAUAAGCAGAAAGAGUUUGUCACCCUCUUGAGUGACAAAGUAUUCCUCAUGAAGCCCACCAGGGCCCACCGGUAUGAGUUCAAACUGGCCAUCAUGCAGUUCAGCAGUUCUGUCAGAAUUGACCAUCCUUUCUCGAAGUGGAAAAGCCUGCCAAACUUUAAGCAGGUAGUCCACGAAAUGGGCUACAUUGGGCAUGGCACCUAUUCCUAUUACGCUAUCUCCAAUGCCACUCAGCUGUUGAAAAGUGAAGGCCGUAAAGCAGGCGUCAAAGUGGCUUUGUUGAUGACAGACGGCAUUGACCACCCAAAGAGCCCUGAUGUACAGGACAUAUCUAGAGCUGCCAGAGCACUUGGAAUAUCCUUCAUUACUAUUGGCCUUUCUAACAUUGCUAAUAAAGCCAAACUACUUUCAAUAUCCGGCGAUUCACCUGGGAAGCCUGUUCUCAUUCUGAACGAUCCCAACCUUUCAGAGAAAAUACGGAACCACUUGGCAACCUUAUUUGAUGAGCGGUGUGGAAAGAGCUGUGAAUGUCAAAAGGGUGACCAAGGACCUCCAGGGCAACGUGGUGAUCAUGGUGGCAGGGGAGAUAAAGGUGAACGAGGAUCUAAGGGAGAAAAGGGUGAGGCUGAGAAAGGAGAGCCUGGAGAAAAAGGUGCAGAGGGAAGCCCUGGCUAUAAGGGAGAUAAGGGUGACAGAGGGGAAUGCGGAACACCAGGACUGAAGGGAGACAGAGGUCUAGAAGGCCCUUUUGGCCCAAAGGGACCGAGAGGCCCACAGGGAAUCAGUGGCCUUCCAGGGGAGCCUGGUCCAAAAGGCAUUCAAGGAAAUAAGGGUGAUCCAGGCCCAUCAGGUCCUUAUGGUCCCACUGGAGUUCCUGGAAUUGGAUAUCCAGGACCUAAGGGUGAUAGAGGUCAGGAAGGAAGAAUUGGGCUGCCAGGACCAAUUGGAAUUGGUGAGCCAGGGUUAACGGGGCCACGUGGUCCUGAGGGUGUACAAGGUGAAAGAGGCCCACCAGGAGAAGGACUCCCUGGACAGAAGGGUGAAAAAGGUUCCGAAGGGCCAGCAGGACCAGUUGGAGCACCAGGCCUAUCCAUCAAAGGCGUUAAGGGCGAGCGAGGGAUGGGUGGAACGCAAGGUCCUAUGGGACCACCUGGAGCUGGCAUCCAAGGAGAUCAGGGUGUUCCAGGUCUGAAAGGUGCACCUGGGGUGAAAGGGUCGCGAGGCAUGGGCCUACCUGGGGCAAAGGGACAAGAAGGUGCAGCUGGACUAAAAGGAGAUGUGGGAGCACCAGGAAUUGGACUACCUGGACCUAAGGGCGAGCCAGGAAGACCAGGAUUUCCAGGAGAAAGUGGGAAAGCAGGACUAAUGGGAAUAGCAGGGAAAAAGGGGGAACAAGGACUGCCUGGUGCAAGAGGCCCAGAGGGAUUGCCAGGAAAAGGGGACAUGGGCCCAAAGGGUGAAGAUGGACAAAAAGGGGCUCAAGGACUGGAUGGUCCAAAAGGUAUUGCAGGGCCCUCGGGACCAAAGGGUGAACCUGGAAUCAAAGGUGCAACUGGUAGCCCUGGACCUUCAUUUCGUGGGCCACCUGGCAAUAAGGGGGAUCAAGGAUAUCCAGGACCUCCUGGAAAUGAUGGAAAUCCAGGACAUUCAGUCAUGGGGCCAAAGGGUGCUCAUGGUUUAACUGGGCCACCUGGAGCUCCUGGAGCAAAAGGGGACGGCUUUCCAGGUCCAACAGGACCUCCAGGAAUUCCAGGCCCUCAAGGACCAAGAGGCCUUAAAGGAGCAGGUGAUCCAGGUCAAAAGGGAGAACAAGGAGCGAGAGGACCCCCAGGGCCUCCUGGCCAAAGGGGAAUAGGAAUACCUGGCCCAAAGGGUGUUAUUGGACAAAAAGGUUUACCCGGACCACAGGGUCCUCCAGGAGACGGUAUACAAGGAAGUAAGGGAGAACAAGGGGUUCAAGGUUUACCAGGACCGAAAGGCUCUGUAGGGAUUGGACUUCUUGGCCCUAAGGGAGAUUACGGAGAGAAAGGAGAUCAGGGGAAAAGGGGUAACAAAGGAGAGAUUGGAGAACCUGGACCUGUGGGACCAAGGGGAUUUUCAGGACUCAAAGGCGAGCCUGGUCUUACUAAAGAAGAAAUAAUCAAACUGAUAAUGGAGAUAUGUGGCUGUGGUGUUAAGUGCAAAGAAAAUCCUUUGGAGCUUGUAUUUGUUAUUGACAGCUCUGAAAGUGUAGGCCCAGAAAACUUUGAGAGGAUCAAGAGGUUUGUCAAGACCGUGAUUGAUGCCGUCACAGUCAACCAAGCUACAGCUCGAGUCGGCAUCAUCAACUUUAGCCUCAAAGUAGAGGUGGUGUCCACUUUGCAGCAAUACUCUAACAAAGAGAACCUGAAAGGUGCAAUCGAUGCCAUGCAGUAUCAAGGGGAAGGCACGUACACCGCUACGGCCAUCAGCAAAGCCAUCGAGACAUUCCAGGCUGCCCGGCAAGGGGUAAGAAAGGUGGCGAUUGUAAUCACAGACGGGCAAGCAGACCGGCGCGACCCAAAUAUAUUGGAUGUUGUCGUCAAGGAGGCCCACGCCCUCAAAAUAGAAAUAUUCGUAAUUGGUGUGGUUCAGAAGAGCGAUCCCAAUUUUGAAAAUUUUCGGAAGGAGAUGGACCUCAUUGCUACCGACCCAGACAGCGAGCAUGUCUACCAGAUAGAUGACUUCAUGACUUUGCCAGCUCUUGAAGAUAAGAUCUUCAAACAAAUUUGCGAGAAUGAUUUCAGUUCCUACAUCAGCAAAGUGCUCAGUUCAGUGCUUUCUCCUGGACUUGAAACAAGAAAUGAGCACACUGGUCAGUUUGCCAUAGCUGAGACUCCAGAGCCUUAUGUCCCCCAACCCAGACCAGAAGUUAUUGAUUCUCUACACCUUUCAGGAAUACCCAGUGAGAGAACAGCAUCACAUUCUUAUCAGGAUCGAUACGUUACUACAGCUUCUCCAAAGCAUCUUCCUGAUCAUCACAGACGACCAGUUAUCCCUUCUCCUUAUGACAGGCAAGAUUAUUUGGAGUCCGGCACUCACCAUCCCAGGAUCUCUUCCUCAUCUAAUUUAACUAGACAUGCACAACCAACAGUAGCCAUUGUACCGCCUCCUCGAGUGAGAGGUGCUACAAAAGAUGCCAGGUGCUUGGAACCAAUGAAAAUCGGAAACUGUCAAGAUUAUCAAGUGAAAUGGUUUUAUGCCAAAGAUGCAAAUUCUUGUGCUCGCUUUUGGUAUGGAGGCUGUGAAGGCAACCAAAAUAGAUUUGAGACAGAACAGGAGUGCCAAGCAACCUGUGUUGAAGGAUAAGCAAAGAAUUCAAGCUUUCAGGAAAAAAUGAAUCUCAACUGUUUCUGGAGUUCGCAUAAAAAUACUAGAAGAAUUCCAAAUGUAUUAAUAGUGAUACUACUUUUGUACCAUGCCUACUGGGUUUUACAAUGCAUUCAAUAGAUUUUAUAGAGCAUAUUAUUGUCAUAGCCGAUAGCUUCAGUUGACAAAAAGCUGCUUAUACUUCCACGAUCAUUGUUCAGCUCUAGUACUGCCUAUGGCAGUGUUUCUGAAACUUUAACAAGCUGGAUAUCAAGGAUUGUAACAUUUAGCUUUAUAGUUGGAAAUAAAAAUAUUCCACAGAAUAAAUGACACCUGAAACUGAUAAACUGUAACAGCAGCAACAGAUGGAAAAACAUCAGAAUACCAAUGAGAGUUUUUAGUACAGGAUCUUUAUACACAAUUGCAGGUGUGUAAGCAGGCUGUUCCUGCAUUAAAUCAUGUCUAGAUCUAGGCUCUGAAGAUCAUGUAAACGUUGUCAUUUGCUUUCCCUUGCUUUCUUUAAUACAUCUACAUUAGCUGAAAUCCAGGUGUAAUUAUAGACAACAGACCAAACAGAACAGCCGAUGGCCCUGCAUAUGUAUCCUGUUCACAUCAGAAGAGUCAUCCAGGAAGUUCUGUAAGGCUUGGAUGAAGAUAUUCUAGGAUGGCUGCUUAUAAACAGAUCUCUGCUGUUGGAUCAGGGCCGGUAAUUUUAGAAUAUUUCUUAAAGCUCACUCAAUCCAUUCUUAUUUCUCAGGGCUCUUGUACAAAAGAGUGAAAUGAAGAGUAGAUAGUGAAGUGUCACAGUCAACUAAAGGGGAAUUUAAUAGGGAAAAGCACUGAAAGAUGUACAUAGCUGUAUUUUUUCAUACUAAGUUUUCCUUUUUAACAUUGUCCCUACAGAGAAGGUACUGUCCAAACUAAAA